AUGGGUGUUCUUUGUCCUCAACAACUGCCUCUUAAACUCCAUUUCAUUCCUUACCCUGCAGCUGGCCAUAUGAUCCCUCUCUGUGACAUAGCCACACUCUUUGCCUCGAGUGGUCACCAUGUUACAAUCAUAACCACUCCCUCCAACGCCAAAGUCCUUCAUAACUCAAUCCCUUACCAUCACCACCUCACCUUUCACACCGUUCAAUUUCCCUCCCAAGAGUUCGGCCUCCCAGACGGAGUCGAAAAUCUCUCCGCCCUCAACGACCUCCCCAACACUGUCAGGUUCCAUGAAGCCGCCAUGCUGCUCCGUGGACCCAUCGAGCAUUUCAUGGAGCACCACCCACCAGAUUGCAUCGUCGCCGACUUUUUGUUCCCAUGGGUGGAAGAUCUCGCUAACAAGCUUCGCAUCCCCAGACUCGCCUUCAAUGGAUUCUCCCUCUUCGCCGUCUGCGCCAUGGAGUCCAUCAAGGCACAACCCGAUUCCUUUAUCGUUCGGGGUCUUCCUCACCAUGUCACCUUGAACGCAACGCCACCCAAAGGGUUGACCAAAUUCAUGGAACCACUGCUUGAGACAGAGCUGAAAAGCUAUGGACUCAUCGUUAACAACUUCGCAGAGCUUGACGGAGAAGAGUACAUCGAGCACUACGAGAAAACCACGGGCCACAAGGCAUGGCAUCUUGGCCCAGCCUCUCUUAUUUGCAGAACAGCUCAAGAGCAAGCAGAGAGGGGUCAAAAGAGCGUGUUGAGCGUGCACGAGUGUCUGAGUUGGCUCAACUCAAAGCGAGUUAACUCGGUUCUCUACAUAUGCUUUGGGAGCCUUUGUCAUUUCUCGGAUAAACAGCUCUACGAGAUGGCAUGCGGGAUAGAAGCUUCGGGUCACGAAUUCAUAUGGGUGGUACCUGAGAAGAAGGGGAAGGAGGACGAGAGCGUGGAAGAGAAGGACAAGUGGCUACCAAAGGGGUUUGAAGAAAAGUGUAAGGGAAUGAUCCUUAGAGGGUGGGCCCCGCAGGUGCUCAUACUGGACCACCCCGCCGUCGGUGCGUUUCUGACGCAUUGUGGGUGGAACUCCACCGUGGAGGCUGUCAGCGCUGGGGUUCCGAUGAUCACGUGGCCGGUGCAUGACGAGCAGUUCUACAACGAGAAACUGAUAACUGAGGUGCGGGGGAUUGGGGUGGAGGUGGGUGCAGAGGAGUGGAGCAUCAUUGGUUAUCAGGAGAGGAAAAAAUUGGUGGGCAGAGAUUGCAUAGAGAAGGCUGUGAGGAAGUUGAUGGACGGUGGUGAUGAAGCUAAGGAAAUCAGACAGCGCGCUCAAGAGUUUGGGAAAAAGGCUGGACGGGCUAUUCAAGAAGGUGGGUCAUCCCACCAGAAUUUAACUGCCCUUGUUGAUGAUUUAAAACGAUUAAGGGACUCUAAACCUCUAGAUUAG